UCGCAUAUUACAAUGAAGCAUAAGCUCACAUCCCUGAGCUUUGCAGUGUUCUUCCUGCUGCACUCUGCGCGCGCGCAGCAGUACAAGUGCGACCUCGCUGACGGUACGGGCCGUGGCUACAAGGUCAACGGGUCUGAGGCACACCAAUGCGACGACGGCACCUUCUGCUACCAGCUCGGUCAAGGCGUGUACUGCGGUGUAGGCGUCGGCAACACUCUGGCCUCCGACUGCAACUCGAGCCCAGCUUCUGGGCUCUCAACCGGCGGUUUGUGCUCGAACGAGGGCUCUGCUACGUGUCACCAGGAAGACGGCAAGGGCCCAAACUACUUCCGCUGCGUCGAUGGUAAGGCCGAACAGUUUGCGUGCGGCGGCGGCUCGGUAUGUUACCAGAACGGCUCGGGUGUGUUCUGCGGCGUGCCGAGCGAUAGCUCGACAUGUGUACCGGGUGCGGCCAAGUGCGGUGCUGCUGAUGGUCGUAGUGCCGACUUCACAAAGUGCAUUGGCGGUGAGUCGGUUUCGUAUACGUGCGGCGUUGGUCUGACAUGCUAUCAGGAGGGCCCGUUCCAUGUCAGCUGCGGACCGUAUGUGGCCAACAACACGGCUAUUGCUCAUCCGUGCCAGCCAAUUGCGCCCACCGUUGAUUGCUCUGA